AUGGUGGCGACUACUACGAUUCCUAGUAAUGCUCCUAACGGGGACUCCUCAACUACAACCACUACAACGAUUACAACACGUUCAAAACGCCAACAAAGUCCAGACGUAAUUCCAAAUACAACGUCGAAACGAAUAAAGGGCGUUCACGAAAAUAUCGAGAUCGAAGAACACCCAAGCCAGAUAAAUAAAGAGAAUUUAGCAGCUGCUACUGUGACUGUUUCAAAUCUCGAUUCUUCUACCGCUACCACACCGGUAGCUACAGCCGCUAAUAACACCACCAGUGCAGCAUUGAAUCAGCCUGUAACCCAAUCAAAGACGUCUGAAAAGAAUGAAUUUCCAAAACGUCCUCAGAAGAUAGCUUUGUAUCAAAGAGUGUCGGAUGGAUUCGUUUUCUCUACUGGAAAUGUUCAGCCAGUAGCUGUUGUGUCAACUCAAUCGUUGGAUGAACAAAAAGUGCCAACAUUGGAUUCUAUCCUACCCAAAUAUCCACAGAUAAAAAAAGAACGGAAAACUGAAAUAACAGUUCCCGGAAUAAAAACUCUGAACUACGGUCCUUUCUCAUCGUUUGCACCUACUGUCGAUACUUCAAAUUGCAUGGUAACUAUGGAUGAGAUCGUGCUAUUACAGCAUCCAAAAUACAGAAAGAAUAAUUCAAAAAAAAAUGUACAUAAUAUUUUUCAACAACCCAUUGAUGUUGAUUCGGAUGAAAAUGAAUCUGUGGAUGAUCCAGAAGAGCAGGAGGAGGAACGGGGGGAGAAGGAGCAAAGCACGGAAAUGAUGGAUAUUGACAUGAACAAUAAUAAAAAUAAUGAUUCUUUAGAGAAAGAGAGUGAAAAUAUAAAACAAACGAAAAAUCUCGAAAAUGAGGUCUUGAAUAUCGAAGAGAAUUCGUCUUCGCCAAUUCAAGACAGUAAUAAAAUGCUAGAUAGAGAAGAUGAUAACUUAGAGAUUGAUAAAAAAGAGUUGUUAGAGGAGAAAAUUGAUAAAAAAGCGUUACUAGAAGAAGGAAUUGAUGUCGAUUUGUUAAUGCAAUUAUGUGAGCCUGAUUCUCAAUCGAAAUCAACAAAAUCACUUAAUGAAAGCGAAGUAACUACUAGCAAGGGUAAAGAGGUGUGCAAGCGAGAUGCUGAAAUCGAGGAUGAUGCGAUAUUAUUGAAAGAAAAUCUUCCACUCUUUCAAGAGAUUCAAAAACUGCAAGAUGAAAGAUUUGCCAAAAAUCCCGAGCAUAUCUCUCCAAGAGAAAGAGAAAUAGCUUCUAUAUUAAUGGAACGCUUGGUCAAUUUAACAAAUAAAAUUCCACCCUAUUUGCUCGUAUCAUUAGAAGAAAUUGAAAAAGCAGCUGGCCGGAUACCAAUAAAAGAACCAUCUUAUAAAGGAAACCUUCCCGUCAAUAAACCGCAUGGUUAUUCAACAAAUAAUGGGAUAACCGAGAAUGCAAUUUCAAAUGGGCUCGCAGCACCGGGAUGGCAAAUUAAUAGUCAGUCUGCUUCAAGAUCCCAACCUACCGGUGGUAUUCAAACUGGUGGUAUGACGAUGCAGCAGCCACCGCAUCAUUUAUCUAUGCGUACAAGUCCUCCGCAGACGAGAUCAAUGUCAAGAGCCCAAAAUAUGAAUGAAGUAUAUUCUUCUCAUCCACCAUUACCUCCGAUGCAACAAAUUUCAUAUGGAUCUAAUAAUACACCGGAAACUCCUCUUUAUCCAAAAACACAAAAUGGAUAUAUCAAUAGUCAGAUAACUCCUUAUUCUAUGAAAUCACAGUCACCAUAUCAUAAUCCAUCGACAUCUUAUCCUCCAUAUCAUCACUCCCCUUCACCUUAUCCUAUUAUACCAGAAGCACGGGCAAUUGGAGUACAGCAUCCUUCAUAUUCAUCAUCAACACAUCCUGGGUAUCCACAGCAUCCUCCGAUUUCACAAGAUGGCUACUUGUCUACAUAUCAUUCCUCAUUCUCGUCUACACAACCAAACCCUGUAAUUCCUUCCUCAUCACAAGCCGCUUAUAUGUCCACGCAGCAUACAUCAUAUUCGUCGACGCAGCAAACAAAUUAUUCAUCAAUGUCAAAAUCUUACACUAUCAAACCUCAAAAUCCAUUUCAUCAUCAUUCCACUUAUCCCACAUACCAACAACUCCCACCAUAUCAUAUGAUGCAAAAUGCUGCCUACAAUAAAGAACCGCAAGCUAGGACUUUAGGAAUGCAGCAACAAUCUUCAUACAUACCAUCUGCACAUCCUGGAUAUCCGACGCAACAGCUUCCUCCAAUUUCUUCAGCCUCGCAAUCCGCUUAUCUGCCGACUCAUCACUCACCAUUCUCGUCGGCACAGCAAACAAACUAUUCGUCUUCGCCAAAAACUUCAUUCCCUUUGAAUCAACAGGCUCCCUAUCUGACAAUACCACCGAUACAACCAUCUAUCUCGCCAACUCCACAGGCCGCAUUCUCUGCUCCACCAAACAACUUGCACACACAUAUCUUCAAAUUGUUAAAUAAUUAA